GCGAUUAAUCCGGCGAGUCGACUCUCCUUCCAACGUUCUGGCUACAACUGUCUGUAUUGCAUGCGAUUCGUUGUUAGCUGGUCAAACUUUUUCUCUCCAGGAAACACCCAGGUUUUGGUACGGACGGGGAAGAGCAAAGGACCGAGUCGUCAGAAUGAAAGAGUUUGCCUCACUCACACUGCUGCUAUUGGCGGCAGUGGCAUGCAGUGCCAGGAUUCAUCAUCACGAGUUUCGCAACAAAACCAGCCAUGCAGCGGUACCCGACAUGCAGAUGACUGACUGGGUACUGGCUGCACAUGGUAGUACACGAAUGAGAGCUAAUGGCAAGGGAAAAGACUGGGACACAAAGUUUCACCAGGCAAACUUCCACUACCCUACGUUCUCUGUUCCUUUCAACGAGGGUCCUGUUUUACCUGCCGGAGUCAACCACAGAACAUCGGACAACCAUAUCCAUGUUCCAAUCCUCGGGGCAACCUCAUACCCAGGAAGUACGGAGUGGCCAGCUGGCGGAGCUAAUCGCAAGUGGACUCCACCAAUGAUUUGGGAGAUUGACGGCAACACGGGAAAGACUGUUCGUAUCUAUGAUCUCAGCGAGUACUCAGCCUGCUUCAACUCUGUCGUUCGUUACACCAACGAUGGCUACCCGUUCAUUGCACUGUAUGCGGGUAAAACAGGAAAGGGAUCUACACCAAUCGCAGUCCUGGAUGCUGAGUCUGACAAAGUGCUGGAUGUGUACUCUGACGAUAGCACUGAACCUAUGCUGCUGCAGAUUACAAACACCGAGCCACAGCAGAUCAUCUGGGCUGCACUGGACGCCAAUGCCGGUGUUAGUCUGACCGGACAUGAAGUUGAUGCCAGCAGUUACGUCAGAACAACAGACACGUCGACGAUCAUCUUCGGUGCUGACGGUCAGACGAUUUAUAACAACGGCUUCUUCAAUCACGACACCGGCAUCUUCAAGUUUGCCCUGCCUCUCACAUCUCAUCUGAAGCAGGACUAUUUCGUGUCCGGUUGCAACACAAGACCAUGGGUGAUGGCAUCGGAUACGAAGGGAAACGCAUUUGCAUUGUGCGGAAACCUGAACGCUUACGAUGCCAACGGCAAACAGAGAUGGUCUGUGUCGGAUUCCGGCAACCCAUCAUUUCUGGUUCUGAGCGACGCCGAGGAUGUAUUGUUUGCCGGUAAUGGCCAGUACAUCAAGGGUCUGAGCCCAGAGUCUGGCGAAGUGCUGUGGAGCAUCGCUGCUAGUGAGUUUGGUGGCAGCAUCCCUGUGUCCGCUCAGCCGUGGGCACCACGUUAUCCCAUACCACUACCCACUGGCAACCUCGCUGUUCUUGUCGUCAAUGGCGGAGUACACUCCAUUGCUCUGCUCGAUUCUCACACCGGUAAGAUCGUCAAGGGUGGUGUGACCUUUGACUUUGCACCACAGAUGCUGACCGCCGACAACUCCAACAACGUGUACGCUUUCGGCAACGAAGACGGUUACCUGAAGGUGCAGCGCAAGUCACUGGGUGAAUCCUAAGCCAACACCCUGCUGCCCAACAUGCAUGAUGAGCCAAUGGCGUAGAUCGAGGAGAGAGCCUUGCUCAGAAUGACUUUCGACGACUUACAACUUUCUAGACUAGGAUCUUAGAUAUCCACUUGAUUCUUUCCAAGUUUAUAUUUCAAAUUGCUUUCACUCACUGUUGUCAAAAUAAUAAUUACAAAAAGUAUGAUUACACCAUAAGA